UUAAUUGAUAUCCUCCUCUCCCACGUGUGCCUCAUGACGUGACUACUCAGCUCCGCACACACGAGAUGGAAGAAGUCCUUUGUCGGGUUUUUAUCUCUGAACAUGGAUGCCGUGUAGCUCCACGAUGCUUUUACUGAUGUUAGUGUUAAACCUGAGCACAGCUGAAGCUCUACAGGUGAUUGGAGGAAACAUCACCGUGGGACAAGGAGGGACUGCUGUCUUACCGUGCAAAGUCAUUGACACCACGGAGACGGUUACUCAGAUUUCAUGGCAGAGAAAAACCAGAACGAAAACUGAGAAUGAGAACUUCUUCACAGUCGUGUCCACAAAUGGAGCAAAGGUUAUCAAUGGAGAUAAACGUUUUAAAUUUGUUGGGAGUGUUAACGACGGCAAUGGAACACUCCAGUUUUCCAAUGUCACACUGAUGGAUGAAGGCAGCUACGCAUGUGUCUUCACUAUGUUCCCCAGUGGAAACCACAAGACAGAAGUACCUCUAAAUGUGCUUGUUCCUCCAGUCUCAAGCCUCCAGUACAAUAUUCCUGUUCUGGGCAAUGAGGAGGUUUCCCUGGUUCUGUGCACGGCUGCUGGUUCCAGGCCUCCCGCGGAGGUGAAGUGGUUGACUGGUACUCUGGAAGGAAAAGUGAGGGCAACAACCAACUCCACCAAGCAUGACAACGGUACGACUACCACAGUCAGCUCUCUGUUUGGAGUACCAACCACAGAAAUCAAUCACCACGUGGUCCAGUGUGUCGUCACCAACGCAGCCCUGUUGAAAGAAGAAACCCGUCCCUUCACCUUGCAGGUCCACUUCCCACCUGUGGAAGUAAACAUUCGUGAACGAGCCAAACACUUAUUUGAAUGUGUGUCUGACGCCAAUCCAGAUGCAGACUUUACCUGGAGCAGACCUGACAACUCGUGGCCUCAGUCUGCUGUCCGAGUAGGUGCAACUUUACAGUUUCGUAGCAUGACCCCUGAGCUAAAUGGCCUCUAUGAGUGCGAAGCAUCGAACACCUUUGGAAGAAAACGUGGUCACCUCUAUGUGCAUGUGACUUCAGAGGGCUGCCGUGUUUGUUGGGCCUUAUUUGUUAUUUUGCUCAUCCUCAUUGCUUUUGCUGCUGGUGCAGGAUGGUACCUCUAUAAAGCUGGGAAAUUCCAAAGGUUUUUUUCAAGGUCAGAAGAGGGCACAAGCAGAGAGAGAGAACCAGUACGAACAUCCUCCAGAUCACGUGAACGCACUGAUCAUGGAGAAGAAGAAGAAGAAGAAGACGAAGAAAGAGAAGAAGAGAGGCCAUUAUAGGCAGAGGUAGAGGAUUUAGUAGUUAAAGGUGUUUGGUUUAAUUCUUACUGGUUUGUCUUUUUUUUCAGCUUAGUUUUUUUCUAAUUUUUUUUUUUUAACAGAAAUCUAUAACAGAAAUCCUUGUAUACAAACAAGGAAUUUGACUCUGCUUAGUCUCUUCGUCUCAAAGUACACAACAGACACUUCACAUAUUAGAGAAAAACCACAAGGGGGCAGUAAGAAACGUAAAAGAUACUAUAUACAAUAAGGUAAAGAUAAAAAGAUAAGAUAAAAAAAAGAUCUUGAAUUUCCCCUGGGAUCAAUAAUGUAUCUAUCUAGCUAUCUAUCUAUAAAAAAUACUAUAUAUAAGAACAGUGGAUCUGUGUAAUAGUGCAAUGACAGUGUAGGUAGACUAACAUUUUAAAAAUAAAAACAGUGCAAUGCAAUGCAGUGCAAAAGACAGAUAAUAAUAUUACUGUAUGGUUAAAUAAAUGAGGUAGAUGAGCAGGACAUUUGUGAUUGUCAUUGUCCAGUGUAAGGAUGGGGGGCUAUUUCAAAGUGUAGAACAAAGUGAAAAUAUGUGGAGACACAUUUGAAACCCUCUUUGACAUCCGUGGCAGCGGUGAGUUGUAGCACAGUUGAUGUGGCGUCAUACAGACGCCACGGCUAACAUUUCAUUCCUGACUCAGCUGGUUAAUGAACAGCAACACACAGAGCCCAGAUUCACACAGAUUGUUUGAAGUAAAGCAGCUGUCCUGCUUUCACUUUUAUUUUACCAGGAAGUCCCAUUUAAUUCUGUUUCCUUUGGAAAGUUUAUGAUUUCAGCUUUUCUCUUAACAGUUUUAAUUUAAUUAUAUUAAAAUAAGCUGCAGGCAUGAUUGAAAUACCAACAGCUGCCUUUGCAAUCGGUGCUUAAGACAGCUGUUGCUGUAUUUAUGAGUCUAAUGAGAGAUGAGGACAGGAGGGGAGAUAUUAGCCUGUCCCUGCCUCAUCCCCAUGCUUGUUGAACUGCAUUUGAGCAUGUGGAGCUGACAUGUUUUGCGGUUGCCGUUCUGUGCGCUUGUGUCACUUACACGCACCCAUUUUUAUAUGUGGAAGCUUAAAAAUGAGUGAAACACUAUAGAGGAACUUGUUUCUUGCUCUUCUUUUUCUGGUGUGGCUUCCCUCUGAAAACAA